AUGAGAACCAACAAGCGAGCGGCAUUCAAAAUGUUAUCAAAGUCAUCACUGCCCGGAAGCGACGUGCGCUGUUCGGAGAUAAAACGCCCAUCUCGAGUUCGAGUUGAUCUGAAUGGAGUAAUUUGUCCUUCGACGUCCACCACCGUGACAACAACGCCACGAGAAUCCAUCACCGUCACGACGACUAAUCGACAGAUCACUUCAGAAGUUGACAAUGUCCGCGACAGUCGCCAAGAGGAAAAGACAGAGACGCAAGGAUUCAACGAACGUUUUGCUGCUUUCAUCGAGCAAGUGCGUUUCUUAGAGGCCCGCAUCAAACACCUUUUUGACAUGCUAGCGUCUAUGGCGAAUACUACUACCAGUAACAUUUAAACUAUUCGGUUUUCAUGUAAAUGGCUUACUAAAACGUAUUGUCAGAAAUGCUAGAAAAAUGCAUUUGGCUUUAAUAUUUUCAUAAAGGCGAUACAUGUACUUUGUUGUCGAUAUAUCAACUCGCCUAUAGUCUACCUAAUUAUUAUUUCAAUCGAUAUGCACUCCCAUGCAUUUAAUGGGCAAUUUGUACUGGAGAGAAUUUGGUACCAAAACAACAACUCAAGAGUUUAGCAAUAGAAAUCGGAAAAAACAUUCACUUUAAUUCUCUCUAAUUAACAAUC